AUGAAUGUAGUCUCGUACAACAAUAGAGGGUGUGGGAGAUCAAUUAAAAGAAGAAGGAUCACAAAAAUAAUAGAGGAGGGCAAAACAGACAUGUGCUUUAUUCAAGAAACAAAAAUUCAGAAUUUGAAGGAGGAGGAUGUAAAAUCAAUUUGGGGUAAGGUCGCAUUUGGCUGGUCAGCUUUUGGUGCAAGGGGUAGUGUUGGUGCUAUGCUCACAGUUUGGAGGGUAAGUUUGAUUCAACCAAUUCUUAGUUUCAAAGUUACUAGGCUUUUGGUUUUUAACGUCGUGUGGAAAGCGGUGAACUGUUACUUUGUUAAUGUUUACUCACUGUGUGAUAUGGGUGGAAAACGAAGGUUUUGGGUAGAACUCAUUGAGUGGAAAAGAAAACUUCCAGAAGGAGAAUGGUUGGUGAGAGAGGAUUACAAUGCAAUUAAGUCUUUAGAGGAAAAGAAGGGAUCAAGAAAAGUGUGUUGGGCUUAUAUGUAUGAAUUUGAUUCAUUUAUAGAUAUGAUGGAGUUAACUAAUGUUCCUGUGGUAGGGAGUAGAUAUACAUGGUUUAAGGAUAAUGGAUGCUGCAAAAGUAGAAUCGACAGAAUGUUAAUUUUUGAAGGUUUGGUUUUGAAAUGGAUAAUUUUAUCUCAAGAAGUUGGAUCAAAGCGAACGUGA